UUCCACACAAGUUUCUCCUUGUCACUGACUCUUCUAACGGCAUCCAUCGCAUAGACAUCGACACGGGAAGUAAUGUUACAAUCCGUCCCAGUGGUCUUCACAACCCAAUGGGUAUUGACUACGAUCCAGUAGACGGUCGUGUCUAUUGGUCAGAUACAGAGGAUAACACAAUUCGAUCCGCUAACCUUGAUGGCAGCGAUGCUCGGCUGGUCCGCAGCAUUAGUCAAGGAGGUGAACUAUGGGGCCUUUCUGUGGACUCUGUGUCGAGGCUACUAUUCUACGCCGACGACGGCAACAAGGUCAUCGGAAUGAUAUCACUGGACAACAACAACAGUCAUCAUAUUGUCGUCGAUACAGACAUUGGUCAGCCUAUAGACAUCGAGCUGGACAAACACAAUGGUGUGAUGUACUGGAGUGACCCUGUCAGGAGUAAAAUAGAGAGGUGUAACUACGACGGCUCGGAUCGUCAGACACUGAUUUUCGCAUCCUCGCAUCUUAAACGUCCAAGUGGUCUUGCUUUGGACACAGAAGGGAGGAGACUUUACUGGGCAGAUACAGACACACAGCUGAUAGGAUGGACGGAUGUGGACAGCAAACGUUCUGAAGUUUUUUUUAACCAGAGAAGCUCAUAUUUUAUGGGCCUGGAUAUCUACCAAAAUGAGUUGUUUGUCACGGACUGGGGACCUGAAAAGCAUCUGUCAGAAACAACACACAUCUAUCACAUUGGCAAGAACGGAACAAUGAGGGCCAGUAUACAAGUUAAUGGCAUAGUAAACGAUGUUCGUGUCUACGCCGAGGAGAGUAUACAGAAAGCAUCUAUCUCGCCAACACCAAGAAGCGAAGAAACAACAAAGAAGGAAAGUAGAGACUCUGAUGGCGCUGAGACUUCAAUCAUUUUGGUCAGCGUCAUCGUUCCCUUAGUAGUAAUCACUGGUAUCGCCACUCUCAUCGUUUUCAUAAAAAAAAGGAAAUGUAAGUAAACAUCAGGAAAUAUUACUAAUAUGAACAUGCCAAAAAUGCACCAAAAUAACAAAUAGAUUACAACAUUCAUUACUUUGAAUACACUUUAAACAUGACAAACAUAACAGUUACAACAGCACAAACACGACUCUUGUCAUAAAUAAUCUCCAAGUUUACAGUUUUCUGUGAGAAGAAAUCACUCGGACAUCGUCGGUCAGUUUUUGCGGCCACAGGGCAAAGGUUACACACCGUCACACAAAGUCUCGUUGUCGCUAUAGUAACACUCGAGGAAAACGGAGAAAAUUUGCUGAUUAUUUGUUCUAGCACAGUGAAACUCUUCUUUGAAAAUUAAAGAACGAGAACAUUCUGGUGUCUUUUGUGUACACAGACUUUUAUCUCGUCGAUACAAAGGUAAGAAAAUAAAUUUGCUUUAUAUCAGUCUCUUGGUUUGCAAGAUUUUCUUCCCAUGUAACAUAAACAUGAGAACUCGAAGGUCUGUAUUUUUCACAUUGUUUUUAUAAUGUGCAAUUGAUCUAACAUUGCGGAAUGACGGCAGCCUUUUUCUAGGGUUUUUUAUUUUAACUAAUUUCACUCUUUUUCUCUCUCGAUCACAUCUGAUUAAAGAUAAAACAUGAAACACUUCAAGUCACCUGAAUGGUAGUAGAAAAUUUUUCGACGUCUUCAAUUACGAAAUGUGCAAUAUUUGUUAGUAUUUAUAUGUGAAAUCUGUACAUGAUGUGAACAUCCUUUUCAGUGGAAAAUGUAUUUUCAGUGAAACAUUGUUAUUUGCAGUCAACUCAUCAGAUUCUUUCCUUUGAUGCAAACUUUGUCUUGGUGAGAAACAAGUCUUCAAGAAAAGGUUUAGGAGAACCAUUAAUAAGGGCCACUUCUUCGUGGACCAGACUGAAGUGGAUAAUUCCCUUGCCACAGAGAG